GCGGAGUUUUUUUUGUUCAUACAUCUCGUCUCUAGGGUAGCUUUUUGUAUUUACGUGUGUUUUUUUUUCGUUUCCUUCCACAUUUGGCUGACGGAGAACAGCCGCCCGUAUUGAGAACUGGCUGGAUGAAAUCGAGUAGCUAGCGCAAGCAGCAAUAUCAUCAUUAUUCCAUCUGUCUCUGCCUUGCGUGUGUUUUCGCUUGGGUAUUAUUCAUCAUCGCUCAGUGCGGUCGUUCUUCGAAUAUUCGUACGGCUUGCCUUUCCCGCAAACGGCAAGCGAGCGAGUGGAAACAGCCAGCCAGCCAACCGCACUACACCAUACAGUAAAAACUUGUUCGUCCGAUCGAACGACGACGAACGUAACAACAGUCAGUCAGUCAGUAUUAUACGCGAAAAAAGAGGUUGAUUUCCGUUCGGAGUUCUCGGACGCUCGCCUGCCUUUUCUGUGUUGUAAGCUGCUGCACAUAAGGUUUUUUUUGGCCCACAGAGUCGAUGUUACUUGGUUCGUGGUCGCGUAUUUUGUGCACUUUCCCGCAGUCUCGUGUUUGUUGAUUUGUGCUGACCGCGUCGUGAUAAUCGCAGCAGCCUGAAAACAUCAUCAUCAGCCGCGGCCGUGUGUUGUUUUGCACGAGUCUUCACGAAAGCCGUCGAAUUGGCAAAGGACUGCUUGCAUUUUCGAAAGGGGAUACGGCGAAUUUCGAGCGUAUCGAAAGAUAUCUGAAUUGUGUGAAGCAGUGAUCAGAGUUUGUAUGUAGUCUUCGUUUUCCGAUCACCGUUUGUCGCCUUCUUAUUCUGUACGUGAAAGUGUUGUUGCGUUGUUUCUAAGCUGUUAACAAAAGAAGAUUCCCAACCGAAUAAAGUGCCAAGUUACGAGUCGAAGGGAAAAAAAUCGAAGAAAAGAAGCAACAGUGCAAAGUGUUUAAAAGAGGUCCCCCCCCGACAAAAGUUCCCUGAGUUCAACGAAAUAUAUCUCAUAUAAAUUUAUACGGGGAAAAAAAGUCCAGCUGCUUCCAAAAGAAGCUGGUUUGGUGUGUGUGGUGGCCUUAAUUCCGUGUGCUUCUCGGCUGAAACCAGCACACUUCUAGCCAGCGCAAAAGUUGGGAAUUUCCCGUUCCGUCCUAGUUGUUCAGAAGCAGCAAGAACCAGCACCGUUUCCGGUUCCCGGCUGGAGGACCACAUAACCUGUCGAUCAUAGUUCCGGCGGCGGCAUCAUCACCAUCAUCACAUAGGCCCUCUCCUCGUCUGCUCAGCAGCAUUCAAUGAUAUAAAAUGACCUCGGUUACAACGAGCACCCACUUCUUCCAGAACGGCACCGCCGCCCAGUUCGAGUACGUCCUGAAUCUGUACCCGCAGGUGCUGAAGCUGAAGGCGGAAAACCGCGGGGUCGGUAAAAAGCCGGAAAAGUUGAUACGGCUGGACGACUGGUACCAGAACACGCUGCCGAAGUUGAUCGCCAAGCGCGGCAAGGAUGCCCACCUGGUGCACGAGGAGCUGGCCCAGACGAUGGAAUGGAAGCAAACCCGGGGCAAGUCGUACCCGCAGCUAACGCACCUGAUCAAGAUCAACACCCCGAGGGCGGUGAUGGUGGAAACGAAGAAGGCCCUGAAGAAGCUGCCCAAUCUGGAACAGGCCGUCAGUGCCCUGGUCAAUCUGAAAGGAGUCGGCAUAACGAUGGCGUCGGCUGUGUUGGCUGCUGCGGUUCCGGAGACGGCACCGUUUAUGGCCGAUGAAUGUUUGAAUGCCAUUCCGGAGUUUGAAACGGUGGAUUACACGGCCAAGGAGUAUCUGAAGUUCAUCACCUACAUCCACCAGACGAUGGAUCGGUUGAACAAGGAAAUCCAUGCCACCGAUGAGCCGUCGGCCGAUCCAGCUGCUUCUGCGGAAGGUAACGGAACUGAGGAAGUUGCUGUUGAGGCUACCAAUGGGGAGAAGAAGGUGAAAAAGUGGACCGCGCACAAGGUUGAGCUGGCCUUGUGGGCUCACGCCGUCGCCUCGGAUCUGAAUCCGGACUUGCUGAAGGAUAUGCCGGAAAGCAAUGGAGUUGCGAUGAUCACCAACGGUAAUACCAUUGCUCACGACGAGGAUUCUCAAAACGGACAGGAAGCUUCGGAGGAAAGCAACCAAGAUGGGGAUUGUCUCUCCAAGGACACAUUGAUCACAAAUGGAACGGAGAAUGCGGACAGUUUAGAUGUGUCGGAGAAUGGUAUAUCCAACCAGGAGGAUGCCAGCGUAGAUGCAGCCAGCAACGAAGCGCCAGUUGUGUUGGCCAAAACUAUGCCAGCUGACAGUCUCGAUGAUUGCGCAAAGUCUGGCGAUAGCUUAGAUGGGCCCCCAGCUACUGCCGUUGACGCUACCACUGCUGCCGUGGCCACGCUCUGCACUGCCGAUGGGGACGUCGUGGCCGAUAGCGAUUCCCAGAGUAGCAACAGCCAAAAACGUCCGCUGUACUGCGAUGAGACUUCCGAAGAUCAACCGGAACUGAGCGCUCCCAAGCUGAUAAAACUCUGAACGUCGCUCUCCACCCAAGUAUAACACACAACAUUCAAUUUUUUCUUAAGUUUCACCCCCACUCUCCCAAGUUGGUUCUUUAGAGUAUGCAAGCGAAUGAACGAGCGAGCAUUCAAACAUUUUGAAUAUUAGAUUGUGUCGUAAGGAAGUUCGUUAAACCGAGGUGUGACCGCUUUUCGCGUGAGUGUAUUAAUUACCCCUAAAAAAAACCGCCCCGGAUCACUCCAAAAAUCCACCAGCAUCAGCAAGCAUCCAGUUCGGAAAUCCACCAAACCUUAUUUAUAUGAAACACCUGUCUGCACCAACCAACUACUCAAGGAAAUGAAGAGCGCCAGCGACAACAACACCACAAAACAUACAAAAGACGAGAGACUGCAGCAACUUUGCGCCAGAAAACAAAUCGAGCACCAUGCCUUCUCACUACUUAACACUAAAUUGCUUGAAAAUGUCUACUUUUGUGUAAUUUUAUUCGUAAUAAUUUUAUUUACAAGUAUCAGCAUUAUCGUAUUUACGUUCCCUCACAAUAGGACCCAUGGCAAGCGUUUUAUUGAAGGAAUCAAUCAUCAACAAAGAAACGAAAAACCCAUUUAUCUUAACACAAAAAAUAAUAAAACGAAAAGAAACUAAACUAAAAAAAAACAACGCUCAUGAUUUAGCUUUUAGGUUUAUCCCAUAAUUCAAGGGUUCCCACACGCGACCGUUUGUGCGGAUCCGGAAGUGGUGGUAUUAAGUAAAGACAGAAAUGUAAUCAACAACAACAGAACAAAAUUCAGAAUAAUAACAAUGACCUGGUCUCUUUUAA